AUGUGCGUCGAGAGCUCAAGUUUUUUUGCAACUGAUGAAUUCGUUGCUGGAACUCUCCACGUUCUUACUGCAAUUGCGGUUUUAUUUCACGUCUACGGUGCAUAUGUGAUUUUGAUGAAAACUCCUAGCAAAAUGCAAAAUGUGAGAAAUACCAUGUUUCUGCUCCAUCUGGUUUGUGCAUUCUCGGAUUUUUACUUUAGCUGUUUGGCAAUUCCGGUGUUAACACUACCAAUUUGCUCCGGUUAUCCCCUUGGGCUCGCAGUAGUCUUAGGUAUUCCUACAAACAUUCUAACGUACAUUGGAGCUUCUCUCAUUGGAGUAAUUCUAGCGACAAUUCUCAUGUUUUUCGAAGAUAGGUAUCAUAGAUUGAAGUAUGGUCAUUUGCCAAAUGUGUCGAGAGGUUGGAAACGGAUGGCAUAUCUACUUUUUAAUUAUUUAAUUGCUUCAACAUUCGUUGCUCCCACUUUCAUGCAAAUCCCGAAUCAGGAAAACUCAAUAAGUAUCAUUAAAAAUAUAAUUCCGUGUGUGAAAAGUGAAAUCUUCGACCGGAAGGGAUUCUUCGUGUUGUCAAUCGAGAACACGGUUACUGGUUUAUGUUUUUCAAUUUCUUUUGCAUUAUUUGUGAUCCAAAUAAUAUUUUUUGUUGUAUCAAUCUUUCUCUACUUGUUCCAUACACCCACAGUAUCUGAAACAACUCACCGCUUACAAAAACAACUUUUCAUCGCAAUGUGCUUACAAGUCUUCAUUCCAUUUCUCGUGGUUGUGUUUCCCGCGGGAUAUAUCAAUUUAUCAAUUUGGUAUCAAUACUACAAUCAAGGUGCAUCUAACAUUGCAAUGGCUACCAUAGCUAUUCAUGGAAUUCUGACUACACUGGCAAUGAUAAUUGUACACACACCCUAUCGACAUGCAACUAGUGAACUUUUCAAUUUUAAUUCAGCUCGAGUCAGGAGCAAUUCUCAGCAGAUCUGGGCGACAAGCACAAGACAACUUUAG